UCCGGAGUGAGGGUCCCACCCACAAUCUCUCCUUGGCCACUCCUCCCUAUCUUGCUCUCUUUAUACUCUACGGGAGCUGGAGACACAACACACAACGUGCUGCUGCUGCUGAGAGAGAGUGGACCAUCACACACACACACACACUCAGGCAGCACAUACACAUACACACAGACACAGGGUGAGUGUGAACUCUCGCAGGUGGAGCGUAAGGGUACAGCUCGUUUGUUUUGCCUCCAUUUUUCGGUCUCGUCUCUCUUUUUCUGUCGAGGGUUUCAUCCAUUCUCCCUCACUCUGUUUCCCCUCUGUGUCUUUAUUUAACUGUCAUUCUCUUUUGGUUUUCCCUCUUGUUAUUUCCUCUUGUUUUUUCCUCUCUUUCUCGUCCUUUCCCUUCCUCUCUUCCUUUUCUCUUUCUCUUCAGUAUCUUUCCUUAAACUCCUCUGAUCUCUCCUUCACUCCCAUCCAGGCCAAUGCUGGCUUACCACAGUAGAUACAGUGGAACCCCCAGCAGCAGUAGAGCCACCCAAGGCAGCGAGGGGAGAACCAGAGAGCGGACAUUCACAGACACCCUCUCCCUCCUCCUCUCGCCAAGACAGCGGCUCUGAAAUGGGCUGCUCCUCGGGCCGCAUUCCCUGCCAGCCACCUGCCCCAGCCCUUCACCCAGACCUGGACUGUAGUGGAGGAGGAGGGGGCAGCGAUGGACCAUCCCUACCCCAGGAUGGAGAGGGUCAGGAAGAGGACAGUGAGGUGGUCAAACCCCCACAGUCACUCCCCACAUUGGAGCGCCUGGCACAGGCCACAGGGGGAACGGAGAAGUCCUGGUACCGGUGCGUAUUCCCGUUUGGUGUGAUCUCGCUGGUGAUAGGUGUGGCAGGCACGGGCGUGACAUUCACCUUCAAUACGAUGCGCCGGACCAAGGUGGUGUCAGUGGUGCUGCUGGCUGUGGGUGUGGUCAUGCUGCUGAUGGCCGCCAUCUGCUGGAGGGCUCACCGUCAGAGGAGAAGGAGGAAGAAGGAAGGAGGGUUUUUCUGCUCCGAACAGGGCACCUUGUGAUGGAUGGAGAGGUGGUGAGAUGAAGGGGAUGGGAGGGUUGGAGACAUGGAUAGGAUGCGAGUAUGAAGGAAUGGAGAGGUGGAGAGGAUAGGGGGAUGGAAGGAUGGAAUGAUGAAGAGAUGGAUGGACAGACUGCUUUGAGCGAUCGGUACAGCAGCCUGUACAGAGUGCAGGGCUAAACAUGGAUGAAAAAUACAUUUAUUAUGAACUCUGACACCGAUUGGAUGGAACACUGGGAAUCCUCUCUGGAGGCAGGAAGAGCCUCCUGCGAAGCCCUGAACUGGAGGACUUGGAUCAUCUAGAGGGUGCCUGUGGGUGAGGGUGGAGGAAGUGUCUCUUAGUGACCCAGCCAGGCAGCAUCUGGACCAGCCUGUCUCCAGAGGACACCAGCCUGGGAUCCUGGGAGCAUCUGGAACUCUCAUGGUGUGGGGCUGAGGAGGGAUCUGGGCUGUGUGUGUGUGUGUGUGUGUGUGUGUGUGUUUGAAAGAGAUCGAGACAGAGACAGAGACAGAGGAGAGACAGACGCAGACAGAGAGAGACAGAGAGAGACAGAGAGAGACAGGGUGUUAGAGCAAGAUAAACUGCUCUAGUUUAGUGUUUCUCAACUGAACAGCCUUUCUAGCUCUCUCCCUCUGCCUCUCUUUGCCAACACUGCAUCUCCUAUACAAAGGACUAAAGGAAUUCAAUCUUUAGGUCCUGCUGUUCUUCCUGCUUGUGUGUUCUGUAUGGUGGUCUUCCCUGUGGAGCUAAGGCAAAUCGAUACAAAGCACCAGUUGUGUAUGGAGCUGUGGAGCCCUGGGGCAGCCAUGGCUUGCCCGCUGCCCAGGGAAGGCACCUUGAGUUGGGGCACAGUAAGACCAUAACCUCCCUAGUCUGGAGCUAGUUGUGAUCAUACGUAAAGCUGUACCAUGUUGCUGUGACGCAAGAGAAAAACUGAGGGAAUCCCAUUUCCUACAAACAGGGUUGGAAGGAGGGAAGAAAUACAGAAAAAAAGAGUCUCUCACCCGUGUGUGAACACCAAUCGCCAGCACAUCCAGAUACAUGUAUAAACAUUUUCUCUCUCUCUCUCUGCCUGUCACAGGGGAGAUCCCCCUUCUUCUUCCCAUCUCUCUUUUCCCAUUGUAUUGGAAGAGAUUACUUCUGAGAGUGGAGGGGUAGGGGAACUUCAUUUAACACAGUGGGUAAAUCCUAGCCAAGUGUUCUAGCCUAUUGUAUGUGAGCCAGGAAAACAUGGACCUAAGCAAAUGUAGCAAUGGUAUCAGGAUACUGGAAUUACAACAUCAUCAUUGAUUUAUGUCUGUUUCAGUUAAUUGAUCUAGUUCAUAUCAGAAAACUCUAACAUGUCUUACUGCUAUUUCAGAAGAACAGUGCAUGUUACUGUAAUUUAUUGUAUGUGUGGGUUUUUUCAUUUUUCAGGUUUCAGUUUGGGUGAGCGUGCGUGUCUGUGUGCAUGUGCGCACGCUCUCCCUUUCCUUUCGGUGAAUGUAAGUUUGGUGCUCUCUGGUGAUGUCAUGCACAUGUUAGUGAGGGUUUUGACUGACAUGGGGAUGGUCUGUUUUCUGCCCCCUCCACGUCAGAUCAGAAGACAGAUCCCCUGUCGCUCUGCCUCACACACGCUGCCACGUACUACAAUGAAUGUCAUUUUUUCACGUGAUGUCUCAAAUCACUGUUUGAUUUGUCAAUUUUGCAGUUGUAAUCACAAAUGA